AUUUUUAGUGGGUCUUAUGGAGGCUUUCCCCCUCGACCCAAUGGCUUCUUCAGAUCAUAUAAAUAGCGAUGGAAACAACGUUGUUUUGUAAUGGGUUUUGUUUUCCCAUUCAAUAUCGUCUUAUAAUUUCAUAGUCAAGAUGGUUACCGAAUUUGUUGAAGAUGUUAAGCAACAAGAGGUUGUUACCCAGAUCUCAGAGCCUUUAACCAAGAAGGCUACCGAUGACUCGGUUGAUUCAGAAAUGAACGAUUACAUUUCCAAGUUUUUGGAUAUGUCUAAUAACGCUAGAGAUACCGAUAGUAAAGAAAAACAUAUGUCUUUGGCCGAAGGGAUUAAAACGUUCCCCAAAGCUGCUUUUUGGUCGGUGGUUUUAUCAACGGCCUUGAUUAUGGAAGGUUACGAUACUAAUCUUAUCAACUCUUUCUAUGGUUUCCCAGCUUUCACCAAGAAAUAUGGAGAAUACUACCCGGAGUCAGACUCUUACGAAGUUCCAACUAAAUGGCAAACUUCCAUUUCCAUGGCUAUCUAUUGUGGUGAGGUUCUUGGUUUAUAUUUAGCCGGUAUAAUGGCUGAUCGAAUCGGUUAUCGUAAAACUUUGAUUAAUGCUCUUAUUGCCUUGACGGCUUUUAUAUUUGUCAUUUUCUUCUCUUCUUACAUUGAAACCCCUUAUACUGCUCGUGCUGUUUUAUUAACCGGUUAUAUUCUUGUUUCUAUUCCUUAUGGUUUCUUCCAAACUUUAACUCUUAGUUAUGCUGCAGAAAUUUGUCCCUUGGUUCUUAGAAUUUAUUUAACUACUUAUGUUAAUAUGUGUUGGGUUUUCGGUCAGUUGAUCUCCUCGGGUAUCUUGAGAGGUUUUGUUGGUUCUUCAAGCGAAUCGGCUUAUAAGAUCCCCUUUGCUAUUCAAUGGGCUUGGCCAGUUCCAAUUAUGAUUGGUAUUUACUUGGCUCCAGAAUCUCCUUGGUGGUUAGUUAAAAAGGGUAAAUUGAAAGAAGCUAAACAUAGUUUAACUAGAUUAUUAACUGAAAAUGAACAUUUACCUUCAAAAGAUUUAUUAGCAACUGCAAUGGUUGAAAAAAUGCAAAUGACUUAUAAAGAAGAAGAAUUAUUUAAACAAAGAAAUAGUGCUAGUUACGCUGAUUGUUUUAAAGGAUCUGAUUUUAGAAGAACCAGAAUCGCUUGUAUGGUUUGGUUAACCCAAUCAAUCACUGGUGCUUCUUUAAUGGGUUAUUCUACCUACUUCUAUAUUCAAGCGGGUUUAUCUACCAAUAUGAGUUUUACCUUUUCAAUCAUCCAAUACGUUUUAGGUCUUAUUGGUACCGUUGGUUCUUGGUUCUUAAGUCAAAAAGUUGGUCGUUUCUCAAUUUAUUUCUACGGUUUAUGUGCUAUGUUCACCAUUCUUGUAAUUGUUGGUGGGCUUGGUUGCUCUUCUGAUCCAAAUGCUUCUUGGGGUAUUGGUUCUUUAUUACUUAUAUUCACUUUUGUCUAUGAUUUAACGAUUGGCCCUAUUUGUUAUUGUUUGGUAGCAGAAAUGCCUACCGCUAGAUUAAGAACUAAAACUAUCAUUUUAGCUAGAAAUACUUAUAAUAUUGCUGGUAUUGUUACUUCAAUCAUUAGUCCCUACAUGUUGAAUCCAACCGCUUGGAAUUGGAAAGCUAAAACUGGGUUUUUCUGGUCAGGCUUUGCUUUCUUCUGUGCUAUUUAUUGUUGGUUCGAUUUACCUGAAACUAAGAAUAGAACCUUUGCUGAAUUAGAUAUUUUAUUUAAUACUGGUGUCCCAGCAAGAAAGUUUAAGAAAACUCAAGUUAAUGUCUUUGAUACUGGUGACAUGAUGGAAAAAUUGGGUGACGAAGGUAUCAAAAAUAUGAUGGUUCAACACAAUGAAGUCGUUGAAACUGAAAAAGCCUAAUCUCUGUUUUUUAAAUAUUACUUUCAUAAUAAUUCUUUUCCCAUUAUUCUUUAUUCUUCUUUAGUUUCUUUUUAAUUCUCAUCUAACGAAAUCAUGCUCAACGCCUUUGACAGGUGAAUUUAUUUCUACUUUGAAUAAUAUAACUUAUCGU